AUGGAUGAAACCAACAACAGCUCUCAAAAGGGAUUUCUUCUCCUGGGAUUUUCAGAUCAGCCCCAACUUGAAAGGAUCCUCUUUGUCAUUAUUUUGCUUUCUUACAUCUUGAAUCUUCUGGGUAACACUGCCAUCAUAUUAGUGUCUUACCUGGAUCCCAAACUCCAUACUCCAAUGUACUUUUUCCUCAGCAACCUGUCUUGUGUGGAUAUCUGCUUUGCUACCAGUGUUGCCCCACAGUUGUUGGUUACAAUGAAUAAGAAAGACAAAACCAUGAGCUAUGGUGGAUGUGUUGCUCAGCUUUAUGUGGCCAUGGGCUUGGGUUCCUCUGAAUGUAUUCUCCUGGCCGUCAUGGCUUAUGACCGCUAUGCUGCUGUCUGCCAGCCUCUACACUACACAACCAUUAUGCAUCCUCAGCUCUGUGCAUCCCUGGCUAGCACAGCGUGGCUCAGUGGCCUUGUUACCUCCUUAAUUCAGUGCUCCCUUACUGUUCAACUGCCCCUCUGUGGUCACCGUAAAUUAGACCACAUUUUCUGUGAAGUGCCAGUGCUGAUCAAACUAGCUUGUGUGGACACUACUGUCAACGAGGCAGAGCUCUUUGUGGCCAGUGUGGUCUUUCUAAUUGUCCCUGUGUCACUCAUCCUAAUAUCCUAUGGCUUUAUAACCCAAGCUGUGUUGAGGAUCAAAUCAGCUGCAGGACGCAGGAAGGCCUUUGGUACAUGUUCCUCCCACCUGUUUGUUGUCAUCAUUUUCUAUGGGACCAUCAUCUUCAUGUACCUUCAGCCAGCCAAAAGUACCUCCAAAAACCAGGGAAAGUUUGUCUCCCUUUUCUAUACUAUAGUCACUCCGCUCCUAAACCCCAUUAUCUAUACUCUAAGAAACAAUGAUAUGAAAGGGGCCUUGAGAACACUGGUAAUGGGAAAUAUUCUUGGGUCAAAAAGGUUAUAA